CAGUGAGUUGAACUUACAAUACAUUAUUAUAUGUAGCGAUAAGAAUUGUUACGUAAAUUUCGAAUUCGUUGAAUAUAUUUGAUUUGAUAAAUAUAAUAUGAGAUAUAUAAUAAGAAAUACGAUUUAACGAUAGAAAUACUUAAAUCUAUAAUCAAAAUGACGCUGUUUAAAUUCUCUAGAUUAUUAAGUUUUGUAUCAAAACCAAUUGUGCAACAAAAAUUGAAUUUAUCAUCAGAACCUCAGUUUCUAGGCAUCAAAUCAAAGUAUACAGAUCAGUUAAAAUUUGUUAAUAGUGACAAUUAUGAAUCAAUACCAAUUUAUAGAAUAUUAUCAACAUCAAAUGAGAAAGAUCUUCCAGUUAAGCUGGAAGAAGAAACUCUAAUAAAAAUGUACAAGAACAUGAUAAGGAUCACAGUAAUGGACAAAAUACUUUAUGAAUCUCAAAGACAAGGACGUAUUUCAUUCUACAUGACUAAUAGUGGAGAGGAAGCCGUGCAAAUUGGUUCAGCAUCAGCUUUAACAUCAAAUGAUGUUAUUUAUGCACAAUAUAGAGAAGCUGGUGUUUUAAUGUGGCGAGGAUUUAAAUAUUCACAAUUUCUUAAUCAAUGUUUUAGUAAUUUCGAAGAUCCUGGAAAAGGAAGACAAAUGCCUGUCCAUUAUGGCUCUAAAGAAUUAAACUUUAUGACGGUUUCAUCACCACUCACCACCCAAAUGCCACAAGCUAGUGGAGCUGCAUAUGCUUUAAAGUUAAAAAAACAAAAGGCUUGUGUAGUAUGUUACUUUGGAGAUGGAGGAGCCAGUGAAGGAGAUUUCCAUCCUGCUUUAAACUUUGCUGCAACCCUUGACUGUCCAGUUAUAUUUAUAUGUCGAAACAAUGGGUAUGCAAUUUCUACACCAGUUACUGAACAAUACAGAGGAGAUGGAAUUGCUGCUAGAGGUCCAGCUUAUGGCAUUUCUACUACUCGAGUAGAUGGUAAUGAUAUCCUUGCUGUUCAUCAUGUCACACAAGCUGCUCGAGAUUAUUGUAUAAAUAAUAUGAAGCCUGUUCUGAUAGAAGCUAUGACAUAUCGAAUAGGUCAUCACAGUACUUCAGAUGACAGUACAGCUUAUCGACCAUCAGAAGAAAUAAAUAUAUGGACUCAACAUUCACCUAUUUCGAGAUUUCGACAAUAUCUCGAGAAAUUAGGACUCUGGAGCGAAGCCCAAGAGACUGAGUUCCAAAAAUUAACAUUGCAAGAAUUUAUGAAAGAAUUUUCAAUCGCUGAAAAAAAACUUAAACUUGAUUGGAGAGAAAUGUUUACUGACGUUUAUAAAGAAAUGCCAUCACAUAUCGAGGAACAAAUGAAAAAUCUAGAAGAUCACUUGAAAAAGUACGGAGAACAUUAUCCUCUAAAGGAUUAUAAAUCAACAUAAUUUCUUCAGAGAUAAAAUUUUAUAAAUUUGAAUAUUUUUUUCAUGAUACUUGUUAUUUUUUAUAAUAAAAAUACUACUUAACUUAAUCAUAAAAUUAUUUUCAAUUAU